AUGAAUUUCAACGCAGUAAACGCGUUCAGCAUCGUUUUCGCCGCUAUAAUUUUCUCGUUGUUUACCUUUGCUGUAUUCCUUGCAGCUUCAACUAUAUGCUAUGCAGUCUACAAGGACAAACACUUACAAGUACCUACUGCCGUGCCGGUGAUAAAUCUUUGCUUUGCUGGUUUGCUUCUUGAAUUUGUUUCAGGAGUGUUCACGUUAGUAUUCGAUGUAUUACAGAUUAACAGUACUACAGAGCUUGGACACGGCGUGAAGAGUUUUAUUGAAGAAUUUGCAAUCAGCGUUUAUUUUCAGGCACUGUUUCUAAUAAGUAUAACAAGAUACAGUUUGGUGUUGUAUGGACGAAAGCUUGCCCGAAUGACUAUUAAACAAACUACAUGUUGCAUCACUUUUUCAUGGAUUAUCUCUACUGUUUACGCGAGCCUUGUGGCAUUUUUUCAGCAAGAGUCGAGCGCAGAUGUGACCAAAUACUCUAGAGGAGUGGCUGCGGCACAAUUUGCAUUUCUUGCAUUUUUACAUUUCGGAACUUUGUGCAUGUACGCUAACUUAGUCAUCUAUUUUCACCAGAAAACGGAUAACUUACCACCCGAUUUUUACAGCUUAGACUCGAGCAGAAGGCGAGUAGCAGAAAGAAAUAUUCGCGUAUCGGCCAAAAACAUUCAAAUGAUAACUUUAAUGGUUCUAACAUUGUGCUCAUGUCACCUGCCUUAUCUUGGAUGCAUUACGACAGCGAUGUUUACUGGGCAGCUGUCACACGAUGCAAAAGUAUGUGCUGUAGUUUUGAUGCAGUGCGGGAUUUUGGUUAACUUCGUUAUCUAUGGCUAUCUGAAUAAGAGGUUAAAACGAGUUAUUCGACCAUUGUUGCAUCGCAUAGUGGACAAAAUCACCCACAAGAGAAGACGACGUCAAAUCAACGAACUACUACCGAUGAACAAUCUUUCUUACACUGGAUCUAGCUUAAACAUUUCCCGCAGUGAUAGCUACGAAUUGACUCGCAGCAAACUCGCACUUUUCAACCGAUGA